UCCAUACAUAGAUCUGCGACUGGCGGUCAUAUUCGUGUCUCUGCUACAAAUUAUUCCUCACACCCAAGCAGCUGUACUUCCAGACGGAAGCUCAUCGAGCCUGCCUAUUGUUCUCACCAUCCACGCCACUCUGCAUAACCACAGCAACACAUCGUUCGACCUGGCGCAUCUCUUCUGGCAGCAAGCUCACCCCGAGCCCUCCCCUUCCCCCUCCCAGCCCGCAAUGUCCCAGCCCUCCCACCUCCCAGGUCUAACCCCGCAAUUCUGCUUCAACCAGACCGCUCUCCGAGACUUCCUCCGCAUAUCCCGCAGCGCAAUCGACGACUCCAUAUCGCAGAACCUCAACGCGCUCCUGGUCCCCGGCCAACGCAGCUUCGACCCCGCCUCGACCUCCUCGCGCAGCCUCUCAGCGCCAGACCGCUCGAUUCCGCCCCAGACAUGCGACACCUUCAAGCAGCGCAUCCUAUUCCCCUCAUGGAAAGUCCGCUCAGACGUGCUGGAUUACUGCGCGGGCGUCGCUACAGCGCCGGAUCCAGACGACCCGGACUCUGUCCUUCGGCAGAUCGAGGACGACAAGAUGCGCGAGAGGGUUGUCGACGAGCGGCUGGAUCCGUACAGCGCGCGGUACUUUCCGAAGGAGGCGCGGACGGAGAGUUUGGCGAUGCUGAUGCGGAAUGAGCGCGCGGUGGAGAAGAUAAUACGGAGCAGGACGUGGAGCGUGGUUGGGGAGCGGUGUGGGAUGGAGAGUGACAGUGCGGAGGAGGCGUUUGGGAAGUGGAGAGAGGGAUCGAAGCAGAGGAGGGCGUGA